AUGAUCGUGCUCUGGAUCGCGUACUCCAUCAUAUUCUGCGCUGGUGUUGUGGCCAGAGGAUCAUCGUCACUUGAACAACGCGUGGCUGCUCUGAGAAGCCACGAUGACUCCUGGCCAUUGAUGAAUGUGUCUUCGUGUCCCGGAUACACAUUGUCGGAUCUCGAGGAGACUGACGAUGGUGUUUCCGCGCGAUUGACCCUGGCCGGUUCCGCGUGCAACGCCUUCGGUCAUGACGUCGCCAAUCUCACAUUGCGAGUCACCUACGAAACUCAAUCGCGCCUGCAUGUCAACAUCUUCGACACCGCCGAACAGCAGUACACCAUUCCCUCUGACGUCGUCGCCCUUCAGCCCGGCACUGGCGAUGCGAGUUUUAAAAAGAACUCCGAGUUCAAAUUCCACUACGACGAGAAGCCAUUUGCGUUUUGGGUCACUCGUCGGGACGAACCAGACGCGCAGCCCAUCUUCGACACCCGUACCAAGUCGCUUCCUCCAACGCCGAUCCCGCCUGUCAUUGGCAACGACACCCGCACCGCACUUGAUGGCUUCCCCCUUGUUUUCGAGGACCAAUAUCUGCAGAUCACCUCGGCCCUUCCACUCAAUGCCAACAUAUAUGGCCUCGGGGAAGUUCUCGCAAGCUUCGGCUUCAGGCGCGAUAUCGGUCUGGACGGAGGCGUUGGUACGAUACAAACGAUGUGGGCGCGCAACAUUCCCGACCCGAUCGACCAGAACGAGUACGGAUCGCACCCUUUUUACCUCGAGCACCGCUACAACUCGACGACGCGGCGCUCGAAGACACACGGGGUCUUCCAAUUCGGCGCUGCCGGCUCCGACAUUCUCUUGCUCACCCCUCCCUCCUCCCCUGUCUCUCUCGUCGAGUACCGCCUACUCGGUGGCACACUCGACUUCUACUUCUUCUCCGGGCCCAGCCCGCAGAAGGUGAUCGAACAGUACGGCCAGCUCAUCGGGCUGCCCACGUGGCAGCCCGCGUGGGGCUUCGGCUUCCACCUCUGCCGCUGGGGAUACGCCGACGUGAGCGAGACACGCGAGCAGGUGGACAAGAUGCGCGAGGCGAACAUCCCGUUGGAAGUCAUGUGGAACGACAUUGACCUUUACCACGGGCUGCGCGACUUCACGACGGACCCGUCCAGUUACCCGGGCGACGAAGUGGCCGCCUUCAUCGCGACCCUCACUGAAAACAACCAACAUUACAUCCCGAUCGUGGACGCCGCUCUCGCGAAGUUGGUCAACGACUCUGACGUGUACGAUCCUUACACGCGAGGAACCGAGCUGGAUGUGUUCAUGAAGAAUCCAAAUGGGACCGAAUAUCUGGGGCAGAUGUGGCCCGGAUACACCGUUUUCGUGGACUGGUUUGCAAACAACAGUCAACUAGUGUGGAGUGAGGCUAUCGCAAACUGGUCUACCAGCGUCAACUUCUCGGGCAUCUGGCUGGAUGUCAACGAGCCCACUUCCUUCUGCGCUGGCUCAUGUGGUACGGGUGCUAAUCUCUCAGCCGCUACUAUCCCAACGUCUCAUUUCCCUGGGGAGCCGGGAAACAUGGUAACUGAAUAUCCGGAAGGCUACAAUUCGACACUCUGGGGCCCAAGCGGGAACAUUACCAUCAACGGCACCUUGACGUUCGGCAACAACAGUGCGGACUUCCCUGGCGUCACCUUCCCUCCCUCGAAACGGAGCCUGGGCUCUGCCGACUUGCCAGAAGGGGACCUGAACGCGCCCCCGUACGCGAUUCAUAACGGCGACCCAUCCCUCGCAGACAACACGGUCUCCCCAAAUGCAACGCACCAAAACGGCCUCGUCGAGUUCGACGUCCACAACCUGUGGGGUAUGAUGGAAGAGAAGGCGACGCACCUCGCCCUGCUCUCGCUCCGCCCGACCCUCCGUCCAUUCCUCAUCUCACGCUCGACCUUCCCCAGCUCCGGGCACUGGACAGGUCAUUGGCUAGGCGACAACAUCUCCAAGUGGCGGUACAUGUACCUCAGCAUCCAGGGCGUCCUCCAAUUCCAGCUCUUCCAGAUCCCAUUCGUCGGCGCCGACACGUGCGGCUUCCAGGGCAACACGGACGAGGAGCUGUGCGGGCGGUGGAUGCAGCUGUCGGCGUUCAUGCCGUUCUACCGGAACCACAAUGUGCGGAGCGCGCUAAGCCAGGAGCCGUACCGGUGGGACUCGGUCGCGAACGCGUCGCGAACGGCGAUCACGAUUCGGUACAGCAUGCUUCCGUACUGGUACACGCUGUUCGCGAACGCGUCGAUGCACGGAACCCCUCCCGUGCGCGCGCUGUUCUUCGAGUUCCCAGACGAGCCCGAGCUCUUCUCCGUCGACCGCCAGUUCCUCAUCGGCCGCGACAUUCUCGUCACCCCCAUUCUCACGCCCAAUGUGUCCACCGUCGACGGCAUCUUCCCGGGCCAAGGCCGCUCGACCUGGCGCGACUGGUACACGCACGAAGUCCUCAACACCUCCAUCUCCACCAACACCACCCUCCCCGCGCCGCUCGGCCACAUCCCCGUGCACGUCCGCGACGGCGCCGCGCUCCUGCUGCACGCGGCGCCCGCGUACACGAUCGCGGAGACGCGCGCGGGCCCGUACGAGCUGCUCGUCGCGCAGGCGGCGGACGGGUACGCGUUCGGGACGGCGUAUGUGGACGACGGGGAGAGCGUGCCGCCCACGCCGAACUCGACGCUCGUUGUGAAGGCGCGGACGGGGCGGGUGACGGUCGAGCGGGAGGGGACGUUCCGGAUCGAGCAGAGGCUGGAGAGGGUGACGGUGCUCGGGGCGGCGGGCGCGGCGCCGAGGGCGGUGAGGGUGAAUGGGGCGAAGGUGGGGAACUGGACGUUCGAUGCGGGGGUGGAGAGGCUGGUUGUGGGCGGUCUGGGAGUUGAUUUGAACGGGCGCGUGGUGGUGGAGUGGGCUUAG